AUGAAAGACUUUUUGGAGGCCGAGAAAGAAUGGCAAGCAGCUCAGGGGGUGGCCACGAGAAAGACCAGGGUAUUUAAAGGAAGGGAGACGGCCCAGCUUACGGGUUUCAAGGAGCCCCGGAGAGCUGUGGACUUGGCCUUGACGCGAAAGGCAGUGAUGGAAGCAUACACCGCGAAUGCUGAGUCCCUGGUUGUGUUGUCGGACUCACAACUUCUGAUAGGUUUGCUGCAGACGAAGAGCUCCAGGAAGGAACUGAACAACAUCCUCACCGAUAUUCACCACUUUAGCAACCGCUUGUCUGCUUGUUCGUUUAUUCACAUUUCACGUUUAUGUAAUGUUGGGGCUAAUCUAGAGGCAAAAUCGGCUCUCUUAUCUGUAAACUCGUCUCCCCCUACUGGAGGCUAA